GCAAGCAGCGAGGCCAUCAAGCCCAGCAACGGAGCCACUUCCCACCAUGACGAGGAAAAGGGCCUCUACAGAACGGCGACGGGCGUGACCAUGUCGCCCGAGCUGUUCGAGAAGCUGUACCUGACGCCCAAGGUGCCCCACGUCGGCGACUACAACCGGCGCUUUGCCAACCCGACGGCGCUCGGCUUUGUUGGCUUCGUUAUUUCGACCUUUACAUUCUCUAUCAUGUGUAUGGGCUGGGGCGGCGCCGCCGGAUUCUCUCCUGUCGUCGGCAUCUUCUUCUUCGUCGGCCCCGUGCUGCUGGUCUUCGCCAUGGUG